AUGAGGAUCGUAUCUUCUCAACUCUUGACGGCACUAACGGCCUUGCUCGGUGCAGCAAGCAUUCAAGCAGCCCCAGCUCUUGACAACGAUCAGCUUGUCUACCAAUCUGCCACUCCGUCUGGUCUCGGAGCCCUGACGUUGGGGUUCUCUUCGAAGCUCUUCUCUACCUUCAGUAGCCUCAUCACGCAUAUCUCGCAGCCCGUCGCUGCUUUUGAAGACCAAGGCAAGACCAUCUGGCAGGUCAUCAACGAUUCCGAAGAGUUUUCACAGCUUGCUCACAUCCUCAAUUACUCGUCCGAUGCUACCAAAGACAUUCUGAAGAAAAAGGAGGACCUAACCCUCUUUGCACCUCUUGACUGGCACCACGAUCGUGAAAGAGACGAUGAAGACAAGGAGGCCUUCCAAGACACAUCUUUCGGUCCGGCUUCAAUUCAUCAGUGGGACGCCAUCCAGAAACAGAUUGCCGACUACGAGCGAGACUACAGCAUCGAUGCUCGUCGACACGAUAAAGGUGACAACAAAGACGAGGAGAAGAAGCGCCGUCGCGAGUGUAUCCGUAAUCUCAUCGAUGCCACGGCUCUGUACCACUUGGUUCGAUCCGACACCAUUCUUGACGCGAGGACCAUUGGCGACAACUCGAGCGUCGCCACCUGGCUCAACUCUGGCAAAGCCCAUGCCAACAAUGACGGUACGAACUGGCGUGUGCGCACGGGUAAGAGCCUUCUGCCUCUUCCCUCGAUUUAUCUCAACUUUUACUCGCGCGUGGUCAAACCCAACAUCCGUGCCAAGAAUGGUUUGAUUCAUGGUAUCAAGUAUCCGCUUGUCCUGCCGCCCGAUGUGCUCCAGAGUCUCUUCUACGGUCAAACCACCUUCUCCACCACCACCUCGGCUCUUCAAAAGGCUCACAUUGACAAGUUCUUCACGUACCGUCCCGAACACGCGCAUCGCCACCAUGCCGAUCACGACAAGGCUGCUGGUUUGAUCGACACCUGGUACCACGAGCGCAGCGCCAGCAAGCACUUUGACGGUGUUCCUGCUGAGACCAUCUUUGUGCCCACCAACUUGGCAUGGUCUCGUCUGCCGUUUAUCUUCCGCGCCUACCUUUUCUCGCCCUGGGGCACAGAACUGCUGCAGAAGAUCUUUAUGCUGCACUCGCUGCCCUCGGACAUUGUGUAUGCCGACUUUGUGCACCACGUCUCGCACUCGGGCGAACCUGCUUCUGACGCUGUCCACAGUGUGGUGGGACACGCCAACAAGACCUCGUACACAUUUGAUACGGUUCUACCGAAGAUCAACGGCACCAAGGGCGAGCACGAGACGGUAGAUGUCGAUGUUUACAGGUACUACUUGCUGCCUGGCGGCAGGGGUCCGCUGCAGACGAGGAUGGUGGCGCAAAACGUUUCUGUCAUCCUACAAGACGGCCCGGCUCGGAAUGGAGUGUGGCAUGCAAUCGACCGAUUCCUGAAGCCAAAGGGUCAUCCGGAGCAAGGUGUCUGGGCCGAGGUCGCCACUGCAGCAGAAGAGGCUGGAUUCGGCAGUCUUGAUUUGCUCUCGGAAGCUCAGGCUAAUCUGUGGUGA